AUGAAAGAACCCCGCAUUUUCCUUAGAGAGCGGCCAACUCCUUGGACUCGUGCGCCGUUGCCACCUCGAGGACGGCUGGACGGUUCCCUGGGACAUCAGGGAGGGCCUGUUAUGAACACAGGCCACCCAAUGGGUGUGAACUCAGAUCCUUUCCUUAUGGCAGCAGGAUCUCUUGGUGGAAACCUGGCUCCAUUUCCAAGGAAUCCAACUUCUUUUCCAAGUUCAUCAGGCUCAUUGGCUUCAAAUCCAGCACAUUUUCCUGCUGGUGCUCGUGACCCAAGCAUGGCUUCUUUUCCAAGAGGGAUGAACCCCACUGGCACAGGUGCCGUUUCUUUCCCAAGGCCAGGUGGCCUUUUGGGACCUGGACCGGGACCAGGACCGGGACCAGGUUUAAACCCUAGAACAGGGGCUCUUCCAGGCCCAGGGCCUAUGUCUAACCCCAGAUUAGGGGGGCUUCCUGGCCCUGGCCCUAUGGCCAACCCAAGGGCAGGUGGGCUCCUGGGAGUAAGUCCUGACCCCAGAAGUGGUGGCCCUGUGGGCCCUGGAUGUGUACCCAACCUGAGGGCAGGUGGUUUAUCCUCUGGUACUGGUCCUCCCAAUCCUAGGCCAGUCGGCCUGGGCCCUGGACCAAAUCCUAAUCUGAGAUCGAGCUUUUUAGGUACAAACGCAGCUCCUAGGUCGGGUAUGUUUCCAGGCCCAGGCCUGGGGCCCAACCCGAGAGCUGGUGGCCUAGGCCCAGGCCUUGGACCCAACCCGAGAGCUGGUGGCCUAGGCCCAGGCCCAAAUCUGGACACCAGAGCAGGUGGCCUCUUGGGUACAGGAUCUGGUCUUAACUUAAGAAUGGCUGGACCUCAAGGCUUAGAUCUUGCCCCUAUUCUAAGGGCAGCAGGUCUUUUAGGAGCAAAUUCAGCUGCUUUCUCGCAGGCUUCUGGAAACAUGGGCACAAACCCACCUAACAUGACAAGAGUACCUGGCCCCAUAGGCCCAAACACGGGUCCUAGCUCUCGAGGAAUUGGCCUUCCGGGGCCAAAUCCCUCUGCCAUGUCAAGGGCUCCUGGCCCCAUGGGCCCUAAUUCAGCUCAUUUCUCAAGGCCAGGUGGCCCAAUGGGGGUAAAUGCUGGAGCCUUUCCAAGGGGGACAGGAUCAGGAGGACUGAACCCAGCUGCCUUUUCUCAGUCUUCUGGCACAUUGGCUUCAAAUCCAGGUACCUUUCAGAGGUCUGCUGGUCUCCAGGGCUCAAAUCCAGCAAUUUUCCCAAGAGCCUCUGGGCCACUAGGCCCCAACCAAGCUAACUUUCCAAGGGCCUCUGGCCUGCAGGGUCCAGGUCCAGCUGCCUUCCCGAGGUCUGCUGGUCCAUUAGGCCCCGGUCAAGUUGCUUUCCCAAGGUCAGCUGCUGGGCACCUGGGCUCUUCUCCAGCAGGCCCUGUGGGUAUCAACCAGGCUCCUUUUGCAAGGCCGACAGGGACCCUGGGUGUUAACCCAGCUUCCUUUCCAAGGAUGAAUGGCCCUGUAGCCAAGAGUGUGGUCCCAUUUCCUAGGGUAGGCAGCCUCCCUGGUUCAAAUCCAGCUGCUUUCCCCAGACCAGGGGGUCCAAUGGCUGCGAUGUACCCAAAUGGAAUGUUACCCCCUUAAAUACCAUGUUUCUUCCAGGGCCACUCUGUUUUCCAGCACCGUGGUUCUGGGCUGGGGCUGUCUCUUAGAUGAAAGAGUAGAUCUGGAACUACAUACAGUCUGAAGAACACAGCUGGGACUCGCGUUCAAAUGAGCCGCCUUUUUCCUCUGCUUUUUUCCUUGACUGAAGGCAAAUGUUACUUGUGAGACAGGGACUGUGGCAGAUGGGGACGAUCCUGGCCUCGAGAAAAGGGUCUCUGGCCUUCCGGGGGCCUGCCGUGCUUUUGACCCCAGCCGUCUGCUCCUUGUUUCUUACUGGUUUCCUGAAUUGUUCUUGUGGACUUUUCCUCAGGGAUACACUGGCCUGCAGGUCCUAAUCCCCCGCUCACCACUGGAGAAGUGGCUCACUUGCUGUCUAGUGAUGCUGCAUUGGUGAGCGGACCAUGCGUCAGUACUGACCUGGGCACCCUGGACCUGGCCAUGUUCUACUGCCAGACCUUUCCCUGGGGGCUUGAACACAGAAUGUUGAGGUGGACACUCAAGUCACAGACCCACCACAUUUCUGCUAGACUGGGCCUGCAGCUCCUUUCUCCUGGGACUUAGGUGGCCAGAUUUAAGGCUCCUCUGAUCAUCCAGCUCCCUCUCACACUGGUACUCCCAAUCAAAGAACCUCAAAACUGAAACUGAUGUGGAGGGGCAUUGGGGAAUUGGGGUGGGGGUGGAGGGAUGAAAGGGAGAAUCACUGUGCUUCGUUCAGCCUGAUGUGAAGGAUGAUUGGUGUUUUCCUGCAUUGUAUCUUUUCUUACUGUUUCUUUAAUAAACGGGACGAGAGGGCU